UUGUUCCUUUCAGGUGUUCCGCUACAAGCUGUCUUCACAAGGCCUUCCUCAGCUGAUCUUCUCAAGGUUCAGGAUCGAGACCCUGAAGCACUUCUGGAUCGUACCAUUGAUCUCGAUGAAAUCGCUAUUGAUGCCGCACCAUUUCAACUCGUGCUUGGAUCAUCUCUGUAUAAGGUGCACACCUUAUUCAGUCUUCUCGGUCUCUCGCACGCGUAUGUGACCGAUUGUGGUCGACUGGUCGGCGUUGUUGGUCUGAAGGAGGUGAGAAAUUAA